AUGACCUUUGAAUUUUUAUCUGAAUUUUCUCAAAACUUUUCUCAUUUGUUUGAUGAUGCAGAUGAUUAUAAUGUUAAAAUUAUAGUAGGAGAGAUUCCGUAUACAAAAGAAUUUCGAGCUCACUCUGUUAUCUUGAGAGCUCGAUCACCUUACUUUAAAAGAGCUCUCUCUCAGUAUUGGACUAUAGAGAAAAAUCGUAUGAUUGAAUUUAAAAAACCGAAUAUUUCUCCUACCGUCUUUGAAAUGAUUAUUAAGUAUAUUGAUAUUUUUUCUUAUAAUUUGAAAAGGCGCAUGAUGUAUUAG